UAACUUAACAAUUUCUAUUCUCUUGAAGAAAUGGAUUGAAUGGAAUGCAACAAGUUUAUAAAUUAAUAUUUAUUUACUAGAGAGAAACUUUCUAUAAGGUGUUGGAUUGAGGAUUUCAACGAAAGCAAGCAAAUCUAACCGUCAACAGGGCGUCAAAGACAUUUAAUUUUUGAAAAGCUUAGACAUUUUUGAUGAUGGCAGAGAAACAUAAUACAAGAUCUAAAUAUAUUUGGGCCAUUUAUUUAAUACUGUUUCUUUUAGGAGCUGUGCGGAUUACAAUUGGAACCGUUUUUCUUAUACCAGUAUUGGACACUGACGUCAACAAAAUUUUGAACAUCAUAACAAUAUUUUCUCUGGGUCAUGGCGAAGACAUCAAAAUCCUGACAGCAAAAAUAAUUGCCAUAGGAAUUGUUAUAGUGUUGUAUGCACUUAUAGAAGCAGGCCAUCACAUUUACAAUCGCAAAACAAAAAAUAAAGAUGAAACGGAGAAAGAUCAACUCUUGAAGUGCAAAAUUAAACGGAUAGGCUUAUUUUUUGGUAUUUUAAUUACAUCAACGCUAAUUGUCUUUGGUUUGUGGAUUCAUAUCAACAUAAAGAUUAAAGAGGACGAAUCAAAAGAUUAUUUGCUUGAGAACAUGAAAACAUACUUUACAGAGGAUGCAGAUGAAGUCAGCAACUUAGUUUCAUUUCCGAAUUCAUGGAGCAAAAUUUUUAUGGAGCUGGACUGUUGUGCAGUAAAUCCUGUGUUCAGCACGACUAAUGAUUUUGACAAUACUCCUUGGUGCACUACUAGUGGAGAGUGUCAACAAACGAAUUCACAAAUUCCAAAGACCUGCUGUAAGGAUGUCACUGUCAGCACGUACUCUUCAGCUCCUUUAGUAUGCCAUGCAAAUGUUGAUAGUGGAACAUAUAACACCAAAGGAUGUUACGAAGUUUUAAGGGACAAAAUAGUUCUUCAUUCUUACGUCGUGAUUGGUUAUUUUAUCUUAGAGAUGGUAGUUGCUGUUGUUGCUGUUGUCGUUCUAGUAUGGAUAAACAACAAUACAAAAGUUGACAACACCAAUCAUCAACAAUGCAAAGUUUGCAAAAAAGAAGGACAUGUUGCUGGCUCUGUGAACUGCGAAAGUUAUGUAAAGCAAGAUGAUAAUGUCGUCGUUAUCAAAAGACACGAUGUUCUUUCAAAUUCCUUUACCGUAAAUAUAGAAAUUGAUGGGAGGAUAUAUAGAUCUGCUGAAAAUGCGUACCAGGAAUACGAAAAAUUGGAAAAUAUUAAUAUCAAUGCAAUGAAUAUUUCAGAUCGGGAAAAAAGACAAAAAAAUAUUAUGAAAAGAGUCUUACAAGCUAAAUUCAAGCAAAUUGAGUUAUUCCGGGAGAAAGUAACAGGUUUCGGCUCAAAUUACAUCCUUGUUGAAGCAAGCGAUGACAUGUUUUGGGGUAGUGGCCUGAAUGAACAAGAAACUCGGAAUACAAAGCACAACGCAUGGCCUGGCAAAAAUAUGUUGGGAAAAUUAAUCUUAUCUCUGAAACACCGCAAGCGUCGUAAGAGUAGCAACGUUUCAAAGGACAUUCAGUAAAUAAUGUUAUUGCCGUUAAGAAAAUCACACAAAAGAAUAGUUUUGUUACGUGUUUUAAUGAUCCUCAUCAAAAUACUAUCCUAUUACAAACACACAUAACUUCAAUUAUUCAAUCAAAGUUUUCAAUUAAUUUAUGGUAUACGAGAGGUGAUCAAAAAGUUCGCGAACUAUCUCUAUAUUUACAAAAUCAAAAUUCAGAUUAGAAUGAAAUUUGGCACGCAUAAAGUCAUACACAUGUUCUAUAAAUAACAUAUGUAAUGGAACGUUUUCCCCCGUGUUUGUGACGUCACAAUGUAACAAGAGGCCCAGGGGCCACAUCGCUCACCUGAGUAAUUGGCUAGAAAAGAGCACAUAUUAGAACAGAACUGAAAAUUUACUGAUGGCGGUGAGGGGGAGGGAGCUUGAAUUUUAUCCCCCCAGGGGGUCAUGUUUUGAACUAACUAGAAUCUACGAUACCUGAGGAUGAUUCCCUAUAAAUAUCACUAAGCAUGGCUUUGAAGUACGUGAAAAGAAGAUUUUAAAAGGUUUCCCUAUAUAUUCCUAUUUAAAACUUUGAUCAACCAUUUGGCCCCACCCUACCCCAGAGGAUCAUGAUUUGAAGAAACUUGAAUCUACACUACCUAGGGAUGAUUCCACAAGAGUUUCAUCUUUCCUGUCUCAAUGGUUCUUGAGAAAAAGAUUUUCCCUAUAUAUUCCUAUUUAAAACUUUGAUCGGCCAUUUUGGCCCCACCCUACCCCCGGGGGUCAUGAUUUGAACAAACUUGAAUCUACACUACCUGAGGAUGAUUCCACAUGAGUUUCAUCUUUCCUGGCCCAGUGGUUCUUGAGAAGAAGAUUUUUAAAAGAUUUUUCCUAUAUAUUCCUAUGUAAAAAUUUGAUCAGCCAUUUUGGCCCCACCCUACCCCCAGGGGUCAUGCUUUGAACAAACUUGAAUCUACA